AUACACACGGACGGAGUAUUUAUGUUCUUCUCUGUAAAACGCGGACUUGUAUAGUUGUCUAGUCGGAGCUGCCAUAGGUGCACCUAUUGAGCUUCGCAUCCAACCGCCGCCGGUGCCGGAAAGUUUCAAUCAGAAUUACACGAAAGGAAACGGAAAUAGAAAGAUCAGAAGAGGAUGAAGUUGGACGUGAACGCGCUCAGAUACCUAUCAAAGGAUGAUUUCAGGGUGCUCACCGCCGUCGAGAUGGGAAUGCGCAACCACGAGAUUGUUCCUACGGAGUUGAUUGAUCGCAUAGCUUCCCUCAAGCAUGGAGGAACUUAUAAGGUGUUGAAGAAUUUGCUUAAGCACAAGUUGUUACACCAUGACGCUUCCAAAUAUGAUGGUUUUCGACUUACCUACCUUGGCUAUGAUUUUCUUGCUAUAAAGACCUUGGUUAACCGUGGAGUUUUUACUGCUGUGGGUCGCCAAAUUGGUGUUGGGAAAGAGUCAGAUAUUUUUGAGGUGGCCACGGAGGAUGGUACUGUUCUUGCGAUGAAACUGCACAGGCUUGGUAGGGUUUCGUUUAGGGCAGUCAAAUCCAAGCGUGACUAUUUGAAGCAUCGUAGAAGUUAUAAUUGGCUCUACUUAUCACGACUUGCUGCUCUCAAGGAAUUUGCUUUUAUGAAGGCUUUGGAAGAGCAUGGAUUUCCUGUUCCAAAUGCUGUUGAUUGCAACAGGCAUUGUGUGAUUAUGUCACUCAUUCAAGGCUACCCGCUUGUGCAGGUGAAGCAAUUGCAGAACCCAGACACAGUUUUUGAAACCAUCCUUGGUAUUGUUGUUCGUUUGGCUGAACACGGGCUUAUUCACUGUGAUUUCAAUGAGUUUAACAUAAUGAUCAAUGAUGAUGAGAAGGUGACAAUGAUUGAUUUCCCACAAAUGGUUUCAGUCUCCCAUCGUAAUGCACAAAUGUACUUUGACCGUGAUGUUGAAUGCAUAUUUAAGUUCUUCAGGAAGAGGUUCAACAUGUCUUCUGAAGAAAACCCAGAUGAUUCUGAUGAUUCAGAGGCAGAGUUGGAAGAUGGUGUACGACCUGAAUUUUCUGACAUAAAGAAAAAUUCUGGUUUCCUAGACAAGGAACUUGCUGCUAGUGGUUUUACUAGGAAGGAUCAAGACGAUAUUGAGAAGUUUAUUGAAGUUGAAAUCGAGGACUCAGUUACAGAUGAUGAAGGAAAUGAUAACAUGGAUGAAACAGAAGUAAAGCAUUUUGAAUCCUUGCAACUAGAUGAGAAGGAAGAAGAUGGUAAAAAUGAAGAUGAGAAAAGCACGAAGAAUGAUAGAAAAGUAGAGACUGAAGAUAAUUCUGAGGAUGAUAACCAAGUUGCAGAUGAACAUGGGUUGGAGGACGGGGAACAGAUUGAAGAUGAAGAUGAAGAUGAUCCUGAACUGGUGAAGCGCCUGAAUAAGCAACGUAGACGGGCCGUUAAAGCAGCCCAUGGUGGAAGGAGGAAUUUAACUUCCAGGAAUACAUACAAAGACAAAGGUGGUAGAUCCUCACACAACUCAAAGAUCCAGAAGCAAUUGAGUAAUUGGUAAAUCAUGAAAAAGACCCAACAAAACACACUCCCAAAAGAAAACCUGAGGAGCGUGGCAAAGUGGUAAUGCUGCAGAGGGACCACACCAUGUAAUUUUAAAUCUGUUUUCUUGGUGUUCACAAUUUUGUAGCCUGUACUCUACUGUGUUAGCUAAAUUGGUAAAACUUCCUACACAUUGUUGUGCAGUGUUUCUCAUUAAUAUAUUAUACUAUUUAAACAGGUAAA